AUGAAGAGGCCUCAUCUUUGUAAUCACAGAUACAAGGUAGGACAUUGCACAACACUUGGAGCUGAUGGAGUUGUCAUAUAUCUGUGUUAUCAUGGAGUCAAACAUUGUCACAACCUGUCCAGGAGUCACACAAUCUCCCUGACGACUCACCGCCAACAUAUCAGCAAUCAGCCGUUAUCAGCCGAACAAUAGACGACUCUUCCCCUCAUCCCCACAGCUUCAGCGUCUGCAGCGCUGCAGGGCUGAACCGACCCGCUCUCUCUGAGAUUCUCAUCCCCGCGCACGAGGCUGACAGAGGAAGGGAGUUUUCCCUUCGCUUUUCCCACGACGGUCGUAUCCGCACCUCCGAGGAUCAGUUUACAGUGUCUUAUAGAUCCGCUGCAUCGAUCAAUCAGUCAUCACUCGAUCGCUGGCAGUUAAAUCAGAACAAAAGCAGAGCAGAGGGUCACCGCACUCAUCCAGGUCCCAGGAGGAAGUUGUGCAACUUUGGAGGAGUUAGAGACGACUUACACAACAAUGAAAUAAUCUGA